CAGCCUGCUGAGAGGUCCCUCUAGAAAUCUCCAAAAUGGAGCCUCUCACAGCCUACCCUUUGAGAUGUUCAGGGCCCAAAGCGAAGGUAUUUGCAGUUUUGCUGUCUAUGGUUCUAUGUACAGUAAUGCUAUUUCUUCUACAACUAAAAUUCCUAAAACCUAAAAUCAACAGCUUUUAUACCUUCGAAGUGAAAGAUGCAAAAGGAAGAACGGUUUCUCUGGAAAAGUUUAGAGGCAAAGUUGCACUAGUUGUAAACGUGGCUAGUGACUGCCAACUCACAGACAGAAAUUACUUAGCACUGCAGGAACUACACAAAGAGUUUGGACCAUUCCACUUCAGCGUCUUGGCUUUUCCUUGCAAUCAGUUUGGAGACUCGGAGCCCCGCCCAAGCAAGGAAGUAGUAACUUUUGCAAGAAAUAACUACGGAGUAACAUUCCCCAUCUUCCACAAGAUUAAGAUUCUAGGAUCGGAAGCAGAACCUGCAUUCAGAUUUCUUGUUGAUUCUUCGAAGAAGGAACCAAAGUGGAAUUUUUGGAAGUAUCUGGUCAACCCCGAGGGUCAAGUUGUGAAGUCCUGGAGGCCAGAGGAACCCAUUGAAGUCAUCAGGCCUGAGAUAGCAGCUCUGAUUAGACAAAUGAUCAUAAAAAAGAAAGAGGAUCUAUGAAAACGCCAUCAAACCAUUCUAAGGCAAUAGUCAGACUACAGAAAUGUCUCCAUGAGGGCUUGGUCCCAUUUUAAAUACUCUGACAAAUAAAUGUGGUACUGAAGGAAGAUUUUCCCUCUAAGUUAUCUUAUCAGUAAGUGGUAAUGAAUGUCCCCACAAUAGCAAUGUUACCCAAAGCAAAAAUAAAGAGCAGCCAAAGAAUCUAAAUGAAAUAUAUUAAAUAUUUCACCUGACCACAUGAAAUAAUUCAGAAUACAGUCAUCAGUGUGCUUCAAUAGCCUAUUAUUUGACUUGACAUUUUCUAGGACUGUACUGGAUGGAAAUGGCAACACACUAACAACUCUUUGAAUUUAGGACACUGUGUGAAAUUUCUGGAGUAACUAACUGUAAAUGACUUUUUAUGUAAUAAAAGAGAAAAUAAAGUUUGCAAAAUGUGUAAUGUA